UCACGCAGGUAGGAUGUGUCUCCGCCCCUGCGGUCACCUGCAGCUCACGUUAGACCAUCAAGUCGGCGGAAGUCAUGUUUCAUUCAUCCCGAAGAGCUGACGGACUUUUAUUGUGAAGGAAUGUUUGUAUGCUGUGAUCUUAGACCUGAUCCUAAAUCAGCAGAUAGCAGCCCCCCCCCAGCUGAUCUUUGUUGUGCGUAACACGUCACCCCGCCCCCUCAGCCUGUGCAGGAUUUACUGCCCUCCUCCUCCUCCUCCUCCUCCUCCUCCGCUGCCUCCAUUAUUACUGUGAAGAACCGAGGACGGCAGCGGGUCACCACGACAGCAGCAGGCCGAGCAGGAGGGCCGGACCGCCGGGGAGGACCGGAGGAUGAGCGCCGGGACGAAGCUGAAACCCGGAGGAGGCGACAUGACGGCGGACUAAGCAGGCAGGAGGCGGGAGGAGGAGGAGCGGCUCACAGUCAGGAUGUCCGCGCCGCCCGCCGGACCCGGACCCGGGCCGGAGCUGCCGGACCUGAGCCACCUGACGGAGGAGGAGCGGAGCAUCAUCCUGUCGGUGAUGGAGAGGCAGAAGAAGGAGGAGGAGAAGGAACAGAGCAUGCUCAAGAAGUUACAUCAGCAGUUUGAGCUCUAUAAGGACCAGGUGAAGAAGUUGGGGGAGGAGCCUCAGGCGGCUCAGACGGCGAGGGCGGAGUCUCCCACCUGCUGCGUCUGCCGCAAGACCAAGUUUGCCAACGGCUGCGGCCGAACCUGCUGCUACUGUCAGAGCCGCUUCUGCGCCCGCUGCGGGGGGCGUGUCCCUCUGAGAGCCAAUAAGGUGAUGUGGGUCUGCAACGUCUGCAGGAGGAAGCAGGAGAUCCUCACUCAGUCGGGGGGGCUUUACUCCAGCAGCUCACAUGGGGAUCCUCACCCGCCAACGCAGGGGCCACCGGGCGUCACAGGGCCUCUGAGCAACGGAGCCACUGAGCGGAAGCUGAGCCCCUCGGGGUCGUAUUACGAUGGCGGGGGGGGCAGGAUGCCCCGCUCGCCCUCAGAUCAUGGUCCACAUCUCCGCUCUCACUCACCACAUGGCUACCAUGGUGACGGGGAGGAGGAGCUGCGGAGCCGGAGGCGACCAAUCAGAGAUGGACGAGGCCGCUGGCACUCACAGGACCACCCUCUGGACCAAGUUCAGGACGAGCGUGAGCGGCGGCGGCGGCAGGAGGAGGAGUUUCUGGCUCGUUACCGUAGCGACCCGAACCUGGCUCGUUACCCGGUGAAGCCGCAGCCGAGCGAGGAGGCCAUGAGGAUGCUGGCUCACGUUGGCAGGGUCCGCCACCAGCGCCGCCACAGCGACGUCUCCUUGGCCACCUCCGAGCCUGACCACCUGACCCUGAGACACACAGCUCUCCGUAAGAACCGACUUCAGGGAUUAGUCGGAUCUGGAGGUCAGAGGUCGUUCUCUGUAGAACGGGCAGCCAAUCACAUCAGCCCCACCUCUCCCCGCCGCAGCCCGUUACCUCAGCAACACCUGGACCCGAGCUCCGCCCUCAAGAGGAAGCCGGCCUAUGCGAGCACAGCGCAGAGGGCGUGGAGGUUGGGGAAGAUGCAUGUGAUUGGUAGCUUCAGCAGCUCAGAGGAGGAUCUAGUGACCACGCCCGAGUACAACAGCUGCGACGAGCCUGACAGAGACAUGGACAGCCAAUGGUGGGAUCAUGGUUCCUGGCACGGCGAGCCUCCACCCAUGUCUAUGCAACCGGUCACAUGGCAACCGUCCAAGGAUGGUGAACGUCUGAUUGGUCGAAUUCUGUUGAAUAAGAGGAUGAAGGAUGGGACUGUUCCUGCGGAUACAGGGGCGCUGCUGGGACUCAAGGUGGUGGGGGGGAAGAUGACAGAGUCCGGUCGUCUCUGUGCGUUCAUCACUAAGGUGAAGAGAGGGAGUCUGGCGGACACUGUGGGACACCUGAGACCAGGUGAUCAGGUUCUGGAGUGGAAUGGUCGGGUUCUUCAGGGUGCCUCGUUUGAUGAAGUUUACAACAUCAUCCUGGAGUCCAAACCAGAACCACAGGUGGAGCUGGUUGUGUCCCGACCAGCCGGAGAUGUUUCCAGAGCAGCAGAUAGCUCCUACGUCCAUCUGGAGUCCAGUUCCAGUUCCUUCAACUCUCAGAAAGUCGGUCCAUCCAUCUCCGUCACGUCUCCUAUGAGCCCCACCGUUCUGUCCGGACAGGUCUCUACAGUGAGCAGGCGUCCUCUGGUUCCCAGGAUCCAGAUGAAGCUGUGGUACGAUAAAGUCGGUCAUCAGCUGAUUGUCACCGUACUCGGAGCCAAAGAACUUCCUGUCCGAGACGACGGCCGACCGAGGAACCCCUACGUCAAGAUCUACUUCCUGCCAGACAGAAGUGAUAAGAGCAAGCGGAGAACAAAAACAGUGAAGAAGUCGGUGGAACCUCGGUGGAACCAGACCUUCAUGUACUCGCCGGUCCAUCGGCGGGAGUUCAAAGAACGGAUGUUGGAGCUGACGGUCUGGGAUCAGGCCCGUGUCCGAGAGGAGGAGAGCCAGUUCCUGGGAGAGGUCCUGAUCGAGCUGGACUCGGCUCUGCUGGACGAUCAGCCUCACUGGUACAAACUGCAGCUCCAUGACGUUGCCUCCCUGCCGCUGCCCAGCGGUUCCCCCUACCUGCAGAGGAGAGUACUGCAGCCUGAGGAGGCCGGCAGGAGGCUGCAGAGGUCUCAGAGGAUCAGUGACAAUGAGUUUUCAGAUUACGACUGUGAAGACGGCAUCGGGGUGAUUUCAGACUACAGACAGAAUGGGCGGGACUUUCACAGCUCCACCCUCUCAGUGCCAGAGCAGGUGUUGUCGUCCAAUCACUGCUCUCGAUCCGAUGUUGUCAGGAUGAGGUCACGGUCGCCGAGCCAGCCGCCUCCUCAGAGCGGUAGCCCUCUGUUCCCAUUGUACCGGGAGGACGCCGUGCGGCUGCUGCGAGGCUCCAAACUGAGCCGGGCGUACUCCGAUGCCGGCCAGUACGGCAGCCUAGAAAGGAGUCCACUGAGGAGAAUGUCUGUUGCCAAUUCUCUGGACUCCCACGACAGAUAUUUUAACGGGCCUAACCAAACUCCCUGGACAACCCACAUGAUUAAUGGGAGCUGUGAGGACUACAGUCAGGACUUCAUUCCUGACUUCCCCUACGAACCCGACGCCUAUGACGAGGAACUUCUGAGGUGCAGUCGGGGGACGGACCGACGGGAUUAUUACAGUCGCUCUCGCUCAGCUGACCACCGAGCGAUGGCGGACCGACCAGUCUACACACGCUCCCACUCCACUGACCGGACUGACUCCGCCCACCUGAUGUCUGGACGCUCCGCCCCCCCCUUACCUGCCCUGACCAGGGCGAACCCACGAGGCGGAACGACCCAGACGAGCCCACCAGGAACGCCGGUCUGCAGCCGCCGCGGACGCCAGCUGCCCAUCAUACCGCCCAAAGGAGCGCCGGACAGAAUUUUGGCCACGCCCACGACAGGAGCACCAACUGCAACUGUAGCUCCUCCCACUCUAUUUAAUCAAGCCCCUCCCCCUGUCCACAAACAAGCCCCUCCCCCCGUCAAUAAUCAACAGCCUCCUCUUAUACGAAUCCAAGCCCCUCCUCCUCCUGGACCAGCCCAACCCCACCCUGCAUCUGCACCUGUAGCAGCGCCUGCGCCAGUUCCUGCCCAGGUCUAUGCCCCGCCCCCAGCUCCAGCACCAGCACCAGGCCCAGCUCCUGUCAAAGUCCAAGCCCCGCCCCCAGCUGCUGCUCCAGCCCAGGCCCCAGCUCCUGUCCUCGUCCACCCACCUCCUGCACCCCUACCUGUAGCAGCACCUGCACCAGCUCCUGUCCAAGCCCCGGCCCAAGCCCCAACUCCAGCUUCGGUACCUGCACCUACUCCAGCCUCACCCCCGGCUGCUGCCCUACCCCCAGCUCCUGUAGUCCAAUCUUCUGAACCCACCCUCCCCCCUGUACCUGCUCCAACACCUGUCCCGACACCUUCCCCUGCCCCCUCACCUGCCCCGCCUCCACAGACUCCAGAGCCCGACAGACGCUCAGCAACCCCUGGAGGGACCAGAAAAGGUGUGAUGAAGGAUCCAUCAAAGAUGAGGGACAGUCUGUCCUUUAAGUCAUCAGACAGCGAUGUCAGCGAAGUGUCGGCCAUGUCCAACGACACCCGAUCUGUCCACAGGAUCAGUCAAGUGGAGGCUCUGCAGGGCCAAUCAGUGGAGUUGGGGGCGGGGUCAGGGACACAGGGAGUAAAAGGGGCAGCAAAGGACAGCACCGUGCUGCAGAAGAGCGAAUCAGUGGAGGAAGGAGAAGAAGGAGAGGAGGAGGAGCCUGAGCCGUCAAAGGCUGCGGCAGCGGCAGCUCCUCUUACGAAGUCGUCAAGUGUCGGCGGAGAGAUCUGUUCGCUGGGGAGAAACGACGACGAUGACGACGACAAGAAGCGUCGCUCGAGCUUCGGAGCAAAGAUGAUGGGGAUGGUCGGACUGGGAAAGAAGAGUCAGAGUGCCUCCCAGCUCAACCCCGAGGAGGAGGAGAAGAAGAAGAAAGUGGUGAGACUUCCUGUCCAGAGGAGUGUGGAAACCGGUCUGGCCAUCGAGUUUAAAUCUCGUUUCACCCGACAGCUGAGCCGCGACCCGGAUGCCGAGGAACCCAAACCUGGAGCUCUAAUAUUUCCAGGAGUGAAGCUGGCGUCAGACAAACAGUUCACCGGCUUCCUGGAGGGAUUAGGGCCUGCCCAGCUGGCGGGACGGCAGACUCUGGCCACGCCCCCUAUGGGUGAUAUCCAGAUCGGGAUGGUGUACAGGAAGGAGCGUCUGGACGUGGAGGUCAUCCGAGCCCGUGGGCUUGUGGGUAAACAAGGCAACAAGAAUACUCCAGGUGAGAGUACUACAUGCCAAUACACUGUACUGAUGCUGUACUACAGUAAUACGCUGUGCUGACGCUGUACUACAGUAAUACGCUGUACUACUACGCUGUGCUGACGCUGUACUACAGUAAUACGCUGUGCUGAUGCUGUACUACAGUGAUACGCUGUACUACAGUAAUAUGCUGUACUAAAUUAAUACGCUGUAUUACAGUAAUACACUGUACUACAGUAAUACGCUUUACUGAUGCUGUACUACAGUAAUACACUGUAUUAAUGCUGUACUACAGUAAUACCCUGUACUAAAGUAAUACGCUGUACUACAGUAAUACGCUGUCCUGACGCUGUACUAAAGUAACACGCUGUACUACAGUAACAUGCUGUCCUGACGC